UGUGGUUAUGGUUCCCUUUCCUGAAUAUGGGCACCAAACUCCAUUUCUUCACCUUUCUCGUAUUAUCUCUUCCUAUGAUAUUCCAGUCCACUAUGUUAGCAUUGGUGCACGAAAUCAAGAACUGAAACGUCGGUUACAAGGAUCAAACCUUGAUCAAUUUCCCAACAUACAAUUCCAUGACCUUUCAAUACCUUCAGCUCGUGCUACUACAGCUGAAAAGGAAGACGACAACUAUAUGUCGUACUUUGCAUCCUUAGAACUACUAGGCGAGCCCCUAUGUGCAAUUUGUCAUCAACUUUUGACCACUUGUAAAAGAGUGGUGAUUAUUCAUGACUCAAUAAUGCUAUCAGUUGUUCAAGGUGUGAUUUCAAUAACCAAUGUCGAGACAUACAUUUUUCAUGUCAUCUCUGCUUUCACUGUUUGUUCGUUGUUCCAACAAGUUAGCGGUUCAGCAGAAAACAAUGACUUGUUCUUACCUUUGCAACACCACAUUCCUUCAUUCCAAAGCUGUUAUCCGCCAGAGAUGCUGGAAUUCAUAAAGAUGUUACGCGAUUGGACGUUCAAAUCUGGAGAAAUCUUCAAUACCUGUAUAGAUAUAGAAGGUCCGUAUCUAAAUGCACUCGCUAAACAAAGCGAGAAGCCAUUGUGGGAUCUUGGUCCUUUGAUCAAUCCUGUCUAUUUACACAACGACGAGUAUUCUGCUUCACCUAAAAUAGUAAGCCACAGAUGUAUUGAAUGGCUUGAUAAACAACCUAAGAAUUCUGUCAUCUAUGUUUCAUUUGGAACAGCAAGAACUUUCUCGCUUGAACAAAUUAUUGAACUUGCCCUUGGUUUAGAGAGGUCAGAACAAAAGUUCAUAUGGGUUCUAAGAGAAGCAGAUAAAAAGGGGAAUGAUUUUACAACAGACGUUCCGAAGAUUGAGCUGCCAAUAGGGUUUGAAGAAAGAGUAGCAGAAAGAGGAAUAAUAGCAAGAGAUUUUGUACCUCAGAUGGAAAUUCUAGCACACCCUUCCACAGGUGGUUAUUUAUUCCAUUCGGGUUGGAACUCUUUCUUGGAAAGCCUAACAAUGGGAGUGCCAAUGGCAACUUGGCCAAUCCACUCUGAUAAUCCAUUCAACGACGUGCUUAUAACAAAGGUGUUGAAAGUUGGCCUAGUAGUGAAGGAUUGGGCACACAAAGAUGACUUGGUGAAAGCAGAUAGAAUUGAAAAUGGAGUGAGGACUUUGAUAACUUCCCCUGAAGGAGAAGAGAUGAGGCAGAGAGCGAUAGCGUUGAGCCAAGCUAUCAAGAUGUCUGUGAAAGAUGGUGGCGCUACUAAGGAGCAAACGGAGUCUUUCAUCGCUCACAUCACCAGAUAAUUAACUGGUCAUCUCUUUUGUUGAAUUAUAUAUCUUGAAUAACUU